GAAAACACACACUCUUCUCGCUGGAGAUCGAUCUACAUUAAUCCAGCUAAUUUGAUCGAUACAUAUCCACAUAGAAUAGCAAACUUCGGCAAUGUUCCGCGGUGGCGGCAGGAGCAAGACGGUGGUGACGAGCUCGAGCACGGGCAAUGAGCUGCCCAUCGACGGCGUGGUGCGGGCGAGGAAAGUGGAGAGGAUCCAGCCACACAACCUCGUCUCCAGGCCAUCAGUGCACCACGGCGACCACGCCACCUCGCCGGUGACGUCCGGACCGGCGGAGAGCCUGGCCGUCAGCGUCGUCCGUAUAGGGGACAUAGUGAUAGUGGACGACAAAGACAAACCCGACAGCUUACUCUCGGUGUCUAUCGCGUGGAAGUUUUAAUUAUAAGUUGGCGAUUGUGUCAUACUACUAUGAGCGACACGGGAGUGUAGCGUAUAAUAACACAUCCUCUCAGGGAAACAUCCACACCAAUGGUUCUAGUCGGCUAUGGGCAUCUGUGUCUUAUGUACAAUUGCAGUAGUAGCUGAUCUGAGGAUCCAGGAAACAAAAAUAAACAUGAGUUAUCUAAUUAUACAUCA